UUUUUGUGGCGCUGUAAUUAGAACAAAGAUGUAAAAGCUUCAUUCUAUAUAAUAUAAUAUAAUGUGUUCGUCAGUUCUCUACAAAAGAAAAGAAAAUCCUGGAAACAAGGCUAACUGUAAUUAUGGUGAAAAUUUUUAAGGUGAUAUUAUUAUUUAUUGUUUCGCUUGGCAGUAUCACACUGCUAUGGUUUUACGCAAGGUUAUUCUUCACGACUGAGCCAGCUGAACUGGUUAAUGCUAUUGAAACAAAUGCUACUGAAACAAAACACUCCACGGGGGUUGCACCAACUCGCUUUAUCUAUCUAACUCAAACAGAAAACUGUAUUCCAACUUAUCUAAAGUCUCCCGAAGUGAUUGGUGACUCUAAAGCAUGUCAGUGUGAUGUCAUCAUCCUCAGUUACAAAACGAAGUGUGCUGACAUGUCAUUGCCUCAUGUUCAAUACAUAUUCAACUCUAAUAAGUCUAUAACCUGGACUACUGGAAGAAACUUGCUUUACGAAGUAGCCAAGAAAAGGAAAGAAAAGUACAUCCACUACAUUUUCAUGGACGAUGAUGUUCAACUGAUACCGGUGGAUAAAAAAAAUACACAGAAUCCAUUUAGGAUGUACGAAGAAUCUCUCAAGAUCUUUCAACCUGCUGUAGUUGUCAUCCUCGAUUAUACCAAGCGAAACUAUUUCCCUACAACAAUUCUCCCUGAGCGAUUGGAUUGUGAACUCACAAGAUAUGUACAAAUAUAUAGAAUAGACGGCCUCUUUAUUGCCUAUCACUAUCAAGCGAUAGACUACAUACUUCCAUACGUAUCAAAGUACGAUUCAGUGAGCUGGUGGUACUCACAAGAGUAUACAAAUGUCAGGUUGAAUAUCCGGUUUAAUGGACAGGUAGUUACUGACCCUCGCUUUAGAACACCCAACCCACAGCAUCGCGACUACCAAAAGAGACUGCCUUUACAGGAUGCCUUCAAUAAUUUUGUUGCUGACAUUCGGUUAGAAGAACCAGAAAAGUAUCGAAAAUCGUUCAAGCCCAUUUUACAGCAAUGGUUAGCAAAUGAUGACCCAAAGUGGAUGUUGGGCCAACAAACUUGCGAACGUGAUUUAUCUGUACAUCCAUAUAGACCUUACGAGAAUCUAGCUUAAACAAUAUUGUCAGUACUAAGUUGUUUUUAGCACCUAGGCUGCCACUCGCAUUUUUAUUCAUAACUGUGUUUUGAAAUUUGUACUUCAUAAAAACGCAAGAUGUGAAUAUCAGACAGUCAAAA